GAGAGGAGCAGCAGAGCAGAGGAGCAGUCCUGCCGCUCCACCUCCAUCUAUGGUCCCCGAUCAGUCCGCCCGAGCCACGCCGGGGGGAUUAUUCACCCCACCGACUCAUAAACACCAGCCACUCGGCGAGGUGUGCGGACGGCAGCGUUAAUCCUGCAGCUCCGUCAAACUGCAGUGGGCCAUGCAAUGACAGAAGGGAGCCCAUCUGGUUUUAUUUCUAAAGUAUCUCAUGUGCCGAGGAAGCUGCAGGCAGAGGCGGCCAGAGGAGCGAGCUGUGUACAGACUCUGGUGAAAGUGGACGGGAUGGUCAGCCAGUUUGUUUUUUUCUGAAUGGAAUAGAAAAGGUGAGAAUCCUUACAGCAACAAACUUCUGGGCAAGUUGUGACCAUGCGCUGCCUAGCUGCUCGGGUGAACUACAAGACCCUCAUUGUUAUCUGCGCCCUCUUCACGCUCAUCACUGUGCUGCUGUGGAACCGCUGCUCCAGUGACACCUCCAUACGCUUCCUGCCCCGAGCUGCCUUUGUGUUCCCGAGUCCUAAGAUCGGGGAUGCUAGCAUCAGCAGCCAACAACAUCCUCCGCAACCUCCAGAGCCCCCUCCUGUUGUUGGGGCUGUUGGUGGGAUCAAGUUUGAAGAGAUUGACUGCCUGAUCAACGAUGAAGCUACCAUCAAAGGCAGGCGGGAGGGUGGAGAGAUCUACCUACCCUUCAGCUGGAUGGAAAAGUACUUUGAGGUGUACGGCAAAGUCCUUCAGUACGAUGGCUACGAUCGUUUUGAAUUCCAGCACAGCUACUCAAAGGUGUACGCCCAGCGCGAGCCCUACCAUCCCGAGGGAGUCUUCAUGUCCUUUGAGGGAUACAAUGUGGAAGUUCGCGACCGGGUGAAGUGCAUCAGUGGAGUCGAGGGCGUGCCUCUGUCCACUCAGUGGGGCCCUCAGGGUUACUUCUACGCCAUCCAAAUUGCCCAGUACGGUCUGAGCCAUUACAGCAAAAACCUGACGGAGCGUCCUCCCCACGUGGAGAUCUACGACACGGCCGAGGAGCGGGACAGCAGGGCCACCGCGGCGUCUUGGAGUGUGCCGAAAGGUUGCAGUCUCAGCCGCGUCUCUGACAAGAGCAGAUCUACCUCUGUGCGUCAGUUCAGUGCUCCAGAGUCCUCCGAAGGCGUGUCGCUCCAGCUGGGCAACUCCAGAGACUUCAUCCUCAGCUUGGACGUCAAGUUUGUCUCCAACGGGAGCCUGUCCGUGGUCCUGGAAACCACAGAGAAGGGCCCGCCCUUCACCAUCCACUACGUGACCAGUACGCAGCUCAUCGCCUUUAAGGACCAUGACAUCACGUACGGCGUGGGGCCGCGGACGGCCUGGAGCUCUCUGACCCGGGACCUGCUGACCGACCUGAGGAAGGGGGUCGGCCUGUCAAACACAAAGGCUGUCAAGGCCACAAAGAUUAUGCCCAAACGGGUGGUGAGGUUAAUCCUACGCGGGCGUGGCUUCAUUGACAAUGUCACCAUCUCCACCACGGCCCACAUGGCCGCCUUCUACGCUGCCAGCGACUGGCUGCUCCGAAACCAGGACGAGCGAGGCGGCUGGCCCAUCAUGGUCACCCGGAAACUGGGCGACGGCUUCCGGCCCCUGGAGCCCGGCUGGUACUCGGCCAUGGCUCAGGGCCAGGCCAUGUCCACCCUGGUGAGAGCCUACCUCCUCACCAAGAACCAGGCUUACCUCAACGCUGCCCUCAAGGCAGUGGGACCGUACAAGGUGCCUUCAGCGCAGCACGGGGUCAAAGCCGUGUUCAUGAACAAGUACGACUGGUAUGAAGAAUACCCCACCACUCCCAGCUCCUUCGUUCUCAACGGCUUCAUCUACUCCCUCCUGGGACUCUACGACCUGGCCGAGACGGCCGGGGAGAAGCUGGGCAGGGAGGCGGGGCAGCUGUUCGGCCGCGGCAUGGAUUCGCUGAAGGCCAUGCUGCCCCUUUAUGACACGGGGUCCGGGAGUAUAUACGACCUGCGGCACUUCAUGUUGGGCAUCGCCCCCAACCUGGCCCGCUGGGACUAUCACACCACACACAUCAACCAGCUGCAGCUGCUGGCGUCUAUAGACAACUCCCCCAUCUUCAAGGAUGUGGUCAAGCGCUGGAAAAACUACUUAAAAGGGAUUCGUGCCAAGCACAACUAAACAAGCGAGCUACGGGUUUCUACGCUGAGAUGAGAACGGGGGCCGACUCGUUCGCUCUGUCGGAGCUGGUCGGGUGCUUGAAUGAAAGCCGAGCCCUCGCUUCAGGUUAAGUUUCACAAUCUGAGGGAUGAGUUCAGUCGGCUGCAGCUCUCACCACUAAAACUUUCCUGUGUGCUCUGUUGCAGGUUUUAUAUUUUCUGCAACACUGACUGUAGCGUUCUUGUUUUUUUGUUUCCCUGGAGCUAGUGUUUGUAAUUAUGCACAGACCUAGUUUCAGAGUGUGGGUUUUAUAUUCAGGAAGAAUACGUUUUUUUUUGUUUUUGUAAGGGUAGACGUUGAUGGAGAAGCAAGGAACUCCUUGAAACACAUUUCUGACAUUCUUUAAUCCACCACAUUUCUCUUCCACGGUUCUUUUCAGUUUCCUUUUCCAUUUGCAGAGUUUAUCUAAAGGAAUCAACUGUGAAUAGCAGAGUAUUUUAUAAACUAUUUGAAGAAAAUUGCCAAAAAAAAUUAAAUAUAAUCAAUAUAAGAAACUCAAAUCUUUUAUUUUUAUUUCUUAGAUCCUUUAUGCUUCAUUACAGUUACCUUUGAAGCCCCUGUCCUUUAAGUCAUAAUGAUGAUAAAUAAUUACAGUUGGGUGUGCCUGGUUAGCUAUUUGAUAUCGGUUCUAAAGAAUAGAUAAAUGGAGUUACGCUCUGCAAAAACAUGACGUCCCUGCUGCCGUCGCAGAGAUAAACACUUGAGGCUCACAGCUCUCUUUAAACCCCGUCUUAAUAAUUCAUCAAGGUUGUCACAAAAAAAAACACGAGCGCAGCUACAAACAACAGCCUCUGCAUCACUUUGAGUUCUUCCUAGUUGCUAAAACAUCUGCGUUACUCCAGAUGAGUCGGUUUGACCACCAAGAUGGUUUCAGCCGAACACAAAUCCCAGGAAAAGGUUGCUGAAGAAAGUCACUGUAACGAGGCCCUGGUCGUCUUUAGUUGACUGAAGAAAAACUUAAAUCAGAAGAGUUUUCAUCUUUUUUUUAAAGGUGCGUUGUCACCAUUUAAAACUUGAAACUAAGACUGCAGUUGUAAAGGAGUCAUUUCAGUCACGCAUUUAGAUUUUUAAAUCAUAAAAUGAACUAAAUUAGCCCCUGACGGAUGUUUAUUUGAUGAAAUCUCAAAUCUCAUUUAUUCCAUUGAUUGGUUCUGGUUCCAUCUUUGUUCAUUUUCAUGCUCCGUCAUGAUCCAGCUCAUCCUAAAAGCUGUUCCCAUGUAGCUCAUACUUGAGGAUGAUAAUGACAGAUACGUAGGUGGUGUUAGUUGUCUGUUGUGUGUUGGGAUAGAUGGAUGUGGGCGGCAGAGGCACAUCUGCCGCGCCACUUGGGUGCAUUUGAAGAGACGAUGGCAGCACUAAACCGUGAGGCAGAUUCUUGAAUGUAAAGUUGCCGUCAGACCCCGCAGGGCUGUCGCCGCUCUACUCGCCUGCUGUGGGCGCGUGAACUCAGCAUUUUCAUUGCGAGCGCUGCCCGAUUCACUGCUGAGCGAGGAGAAACGUGUUCGCAGUUCAGUCAGCUAAUAGGGUGAGGAGGCUGCAACGGUAACAUCGCUCCUCACGGGUGAGUCAGCACUCACAUUCAAUGAGGAUCUCCUCCAUCUGCUGGCAGGAGACUCGGGAUGUUCCCUGGUUUUGAGGGCGAUCGCAUCGAUUUUUCUUAUAAAAGUGGUCUAAUCUUGUAGACAAAGCCGGCCUUCAAGUUGUCAUGUGAGCCAAUUACACAAAAUCUAAGAAACGUGUGAUUCUACGGGCACAAAAUACCAGUAUGAACAUUAUUAGGAACUCACUCUGAAUUAGACACUGCCAUGUUAGCACCAGGUCAUAUUCAGGGCUCAAGCAGGAUUUAAAAUUAAGCUGUUUUGGGUAUUUGGUUGCAUAAAAGUGGCACAAAGGAGUUUUUACAACACUGAUUGACUCUUGUUUGGUCUCCACCUUCUCCAUCAUGAACUUUCUUGAGUCAGUUAGUUGCCUUUCUCAUGAUAUCCACUGUAGCUCUGUGGGCUUAUUUCAUCACUGUUGCUACGUGACGUAGUAAAGCGAUGCACAGUUGUAGCAACAAGCGACCAGGAUGAGGGUCCAGAGGUGACUUUGCCUGGUUUUUGCCAAUUACAAGGACGAGAGACCUCAAAGGCUUGACGACACUUUGUAAAAAUAAUCAAAAACAGCCCUACAUGUGAAAUGAAAGCAUUUAAAUGCACUAACGGGUUGUGCUUGAGUUUUCACAGCGUUUCACAACACACACUCCAGAUUUACAACUCAUGCCUUAGAGUCGGGACAGAGCAGAAACGCUGGCCGUUAAAAAUGAAGACGCCCUUUAGAGGCGGUGAAGAAAACCAGGAAAGCAUGCUGUGAGGGGACACGAGCGUAAUGACGACUUUAAAUGGACGUAAACCUGGUGUAGGCGAGCUUCGGGUCAAACCUUGAACAUAAAAAGUUGGAAUCCUGCCUCGUGUAGAUGAAGGCCAAGAGUCAGUGUUGUGGAUGUGAACACUGCCAUUUUUGUGUAGCACUACAUAAGGAGAAGCUGCACCAUCAACCCCACUGGACUGGUUUAGUUUAAUUUGUCCUCUCCACCUAAGAACAUCACCUGUUACUCACAUAGAAGAGUUGCUGUUAAGAUGCAUCAUGGGAAACGUUAAAGCUCGUCUGUGGAGAUAUCUGACGUCUGACCACUUGGGGGCAGUGUACCUCAAGAUCAUGCAUUACCCACAAUGAAGUACACUUUUAGUGGGAGAAAGAGGUGUUACAAGACAUGCCAGACCUUCCCCACACAUUGGUACAUGACCCCUAGUGGUCAGAAGUGGUAUUGCUACAUAGAUUGGCUUUUAAGCAUAAAGUCAGAAAUUCUGAGGUAAAAUUAGUGGCAGAUAUGUACUGUAUUGUAUAAAAAAUGCUUAAACAUGCACAGAUAGUCCACUUUACUCACAACAUAUAGAAUAUAUGAACAAUAUAUAACACUGAAACCAUAACUUGUCUUUUUUUUCACUUUUAUAGCUGAAAUAAUACAUUUUUACACUUCCAGAAGACCAACAAUGAUUAUUUUCUUCUUUUUUUUUAUGUCAAUGCUGGUUGUUCUUUUGUUCAUUUCCUUUUGUACUGUUCUUCCCGUGAAUAUUUGCGUAGUUUACACUUUACCAAUUUAACAGAACUAGCUGAAGCCUGUUGAUUAAAAAAAGAAAAAGGGAACUCGAAAAUGGAGGUUUUAUGUGAGAAUCACGAGCUCCGUGUUGUUUUAUACCAAAGUCGAUUUAUUUGAAUCUGUAUUUUUGUGCAGACUGACUUCCGUUUAGCAUUUAGUGAUUAGUCUCCUGGGAGAUAUCAAGGAGCGACGCUGCCUUUAGAGAAGUGCUCGUUUUUCCAAGCGUAGUUUGAGUAAGUUACAGCAACAAGCUGACAUGUAAUACUUGCUUAUUGUGAUGGGGGUGGUGCAACUAGAGAUUAGCGUGUAGUCAGCUACUGUUUUAAAGGGAAAUGAGCCAAUAGCUGCAAAUUCUCCUUUAAAGUGUUUUAUUUUGAUUUUUGUUAGUGUCAUAUUCAUCUGUAGAGGAUUACGUUUUGUUAGGUUAACAAAAGCACAACUUGUUGUUUGUCAUGUGAUUUUUAGUUUCUCUUGGAUUCACAGUUUUUUUUUUUCGUUUUUUUUCCAAGACGAUGUGCAAACGCCUUCAUUAAGAAAGCUGCUGUUCACUGUGUAACCGGUUUGUGUGUUUCUCUUUUCUCAUUUCAGUAGUAUUUUUCUUUUAUCUGACACACACAAACAAACAACAGGCCUCAGAGGUCAGUGUGAUUUAUGCAAUAAGAUGUUUACUGGGAUUCGUGGCGCCACGACGGACCCAGAGCGGUUGUAUAGACUUUGCAAUGGAAGCACAAAGUGCAAAUGCUACCAUUUUUCUAGUCCAGGGAUGAGAAGUGUUUAUAUACAGAGUCGAUCUUUGUGCUUUAAAAUUUGCUUUUUAAAAGUGUUUAAAAAAAUUAAUAAAAAUCUCUUUUCCUAA